AGGUGGCGUUCAGCCUGUAAAACACACGAAGAAGAGGAAAACGAAAGUAACGUCACAUCAACAGAGAUACCAAAUAAACCUGUUGCUCUCUGGAUUUGAUCCUUGCGAUGUUCCAGAAAACAUUCACAAUGAUAACCAAAUCAAUCACUCGCGGUCAUUUAUGUAUAUUUAAUCCACAAUCCAUCGAUCAGAAAGAGAUUUUGAGAACGACUCGCGCUGACAGACAACAAGAGGAGGAGGAAAAUGAGGAAGUUUAUAAAAAUACUUAUAAUCUCUCUUCUUAGUGGACAAGACUUCAAGAAAGUCCUGCUGAACGAUUGAUUGUUUUCUCAAACCAGUGCUGAUCAGAGGAGCGAGGAAAGGACUCUCUCUCUAAGAUGAGUCUCUCAGAGAAACACAGAGUAAGAUCAGGAUCACAUGUGUCCAGCUCUGUGUCUCUGAAGAGUGAUCGGUCAAAAGAAGGAGUGCCACCAGAGUUCAGUGGGGAAAAACCAUCAUCUAAUAAAAGUGUAAGAUCAGGACCACAUGUGUCCAGCUCUGUGUCUCUGAAGAGUGAUUGGUCAAAAGAAGGAGUGCCACCAGAGUUCAGUGGGGAAAAACCAUCAUCUAAUAAAAGGCUUCAAUAUGAGACAUUAGACUCAGACGUUCAGACUCACGGGAAACACAAGACUUUCAAAGACAAUCUCCUGGGGAUCUUCCAGGAUCUUGAGAGCAAAAUAAUCACAUUUCUGAAGAACGAGCUGGAAAAGUUUAAGAAAAUAUUACAAAAUGAGAACACACAAAACUUUGUCAAAGACUUUAAUGAGAAUAGAUGCAUUAUCAAAGCAGCAGCUCUUGAUCUCACACUACAUUACCUGAGAGAGAUGAAGCAAGAUGAAGCUGCUGAUGCUCUAGAAGAUGAGCUGAUCUUCAUUCAUCAGCUAAAAUGUGGCCUAAAGAAGAAGUAUCAAUGUGUGUUUGAAGGAAUGGCGAAGCAUGGUGACUCCACACUUCUGAAUAACAUCUACACAGAUCUCUAUAUCACUCAGGGUGGCAGUGAACAGGUCAAUACUGAACAUGAGGUCAGACAGAUUGAAGUUGCUUCCAGGCGUCAUGAACCUCAAGAGAUUCAGGUUAAAUGUACAAAUUUGUUUGAUGCUCCUGAACAAGAUGAGGAGAUCCGAACUGUACUGACAAAAGGAGUCGCUGGCAUCGGAAAAUCAGUCUCUGUGCAAAAGUUUGUUCUGGACUGGGCUGAAGGAAAAGAAAAUCAAGAUAUCAGUUUCAUAUUUCCUCUUCCAUUCAGAGAGAUGAACUUAAAGGAGAAAGAAAAACUAAGUUUGAUGGACCUUAUAACUCAUUUUUUCCCAGAGACAAAAGGACUGAACCUUACAAGAAGAAAUCGAUUCAAAGUCCUGUUCAUCCUUGAUGGAAUGGACGAAUGUCGCCUUCCUCUGAAGUUUGAUUGUAAUGAGACGUGGUGUGAUGUAUCGUCACCAGCCUCUCUGGAUGUUCUCCUAACGAACCUCAUGAAGGGAAAUCUGCUUCCUUCUGCUCUCAUCUGGAUCACCACCAGACCAGCAGCUGCCAGUAAGAUUCCUCCUGACUGUAUCGACUGUCUGACAGAGAUACGAGGAUUCAGUGAUGCACAAAAGGAAGAGUACUUCAAAAAAAGAUUGACGGAUCAGAAUCAGGCCAACACAAUCAUUGAUCAUGUUAAAAAAUCAAAGAGUCUCUUUAUCAUGUGCCACAUCCCAGUCUUCUGCUGGAUUUCAGCCACUGUUCUCCAGAACAUUCUGGAGGAGAAAAGAAAUAAUGAUGUGAAAAACAAUCAGGCUGAUGAGAUCUCUAAAACACUACAGGAAUCAAACAGUGAAGAGACUCCCAAGACUCUGACACAAAUGUACACACACUUUCUCCGCUUUCAGAUCCAGCAGAGCCGCCGAAAAUAUGAUGGAGAAUACGCAGCAGAUGUUUCCUGGGACAAAGACACCAUCCUUUCACUGGGGAAACUGGCAUUAAAUCAGCUGCAAAGAAACAAUGUGAUCUUCUAUGACACAGACCUGGAAGCCUGUGGUAUUGACAUCUAUAAGGCAUCAGUGUACUCAGGCAUGUGUACCCAGAUCUUUAAGGAGGAAACAGGGAUCAUUCUUGGUACCAUGUACUGCUUUGUUCACUUGAGCAUUCAAGAGUUUAUUGCAGCCCUUUAUGCACAUCUGUUUCUAGACAUCAACAAGAAAAGUGUGUUUGUUCAUGAGUCUACAGAACAGGAAAACAAAAAUCAAAGCAUGAUUGAUUUUCUCAAGACUGCAGUGGACGAGGCGCUCAAGAGUGACAAUGGACACCUGGACCUUUUCCUUCGCUUCCUCCUCGGUCUGUCAGUCCAGUCCAAUCGGCGACUCUUACGGGGUCUGUUGACACAACAAGACGGCAAUGACCAGAGCAACGAGGAAAUAGUUCAAUACAUCAAGCAGAAAUUAGAAGGUAAUCUGUCUGCAGAGAGAUCCAUCAAUCUGUUCUACUGUCUGAGUGAACUGAAUGACCAAACUCUGGUGAACGAGAUUCAGACCCUGCUUAGCAACGGAAGUCUCUCAUCUGGUGACCUUUCACCUGCUCAGUGGUCUGCUUUGGUCUUUGUGUUGUUGACAUCAGAGGAAGAGCUGGAGGAGUUUGAGCUUCAGAAAUUCAAGAAAUCAGACGAGUGUCUCAUUAGAUUAUCGGCAGUCAUCAAAACCUCCAGAAGAGCUCUGUUAAAUGACUGUAACUUAACAGACAAAAGCUGUUCAGCUCUGGCUGCAGUUCUUGAAUCAGAUAACAAUCUGAAAGAGCUGAACAUGAACAAUAAUAAUCUCCAGGAUUCAGGAGUGAAUCAGCUCUGCACUGGACUGAAGAAUUUAAACUGUAAAUUGGAGAUACUGAGACUCUCUAACUGCAGUGUAACAGAAGAAGGUUAUAAAGCUCUGGCUUCAGCUCUGAGAUCAAACCCUUCACACCUGAUAGAGCUGGAUCUCACAGGAAAUGAUCCUGGACAAUCAGGAGUGAAGGAGCUCAGUGAUUUACUACAGGAUCCAAACUGUCAACUGAAGACACUGAGUCUGAGUGGAUGCAGAAUUACAGAGAAACAGUGUGUCAUCCUGACUUCAGCUCUGAAAUCAAACCCGUCACACCUGAGAGAGCUGAACCUGAGCAGGAAUGAAAUGGGAAACACUGGAGUGAAUCACUUAUGUGACGUACUGAAGGAUUCACACUGUAAACUGGAGAGAUUGAGGUUAAGAUACUGUGAAAUGACAGAUGAAGGUUGUUCUGCUCUGACUUCAGCUCUGAAAUCAAACCCGUUACACCUGAGAGAGCUGGACCUCAGUGAGAAUAAACUAGGAGACUCUGGAGUGAAAAACCUCAGUGAUCUACUGAUGAACCCACAAUUCAAGCUGGAGAAACUACAAUGCAGUAUUACAGAGGAACAGUGUGUCAUCCUGACUUCAGCACUGAAAUCAAACCUGUCACACCUAAAAGAGCUGGACCUGAGCAGGAAUGAACUGGGAGACUCUGGAGUGAAAAACCUCAGUGAUCUACUGAUGAACCCACAAUUCAAGCUGGAGAAACUACAACUCUCUAACUGCAGUGUGACAGAAGAAGGUUAUAAAGCUCUGGCUUCAGCUCUGAGAUCAAACCCUUCACACCUGAUAGAGCUGGAUCUCACAGGAAAUGAUCCUGGACAAUCAGGAGUGAAGGAGCUCAGUGAUUUACUACAGGAUCCAAACUGUCAACUGAAGACACUGAGGUUUUUGAGUGCUGCUGCAGAUGAAGCCUGUCAGUAUGUGAAGAGAGUUGUGGGUGAAAACCCGUUACUCCAGAGAGAGCUGAAUCUGAGUGAUCAUGAACUAGGAGACACACGAGUGAAUCAGAUCGCUGCUCUACUGCAGGAUAAACACUGUCGACUCAACACACUGACACUCUCUAACUGCAGUGUAACAGAAGAAGGUUAUAAAGCUCUGGCUUCAGCUCUGAGAUCAAACCCUUCACACCUGAUAGAGCUGGAUCUCACAGGAAAUGAUCCUGGACAAUCAGGAGUGAAGGGGCUCAUUGAUUUACUACAGGAUCCAAACUGUCAACUGAAGACACCCAGGUUUUUGAGUGCUGCUGCAGAUGAAGCCUGUCAGUAUGUGAAGAGAGUUAUGGGUAAAAAUCUGUUACUCCAGAGAGAGCAGAAUCUGAGUGAACAUAAACUAGGAGACACACGAGUGAAUCAGAUCGCUGCUCUACUGCAGGAUAAACACUGUCGACUCAACACACUGAUUCUGAGUGGAUGCAGUAUUACAGAGAAACAGUGUGUCAUCCUGACUUCAGCUCUGAAAUCAAACCCGUCACACCUGAGAGAGCUGAACCUGAGUGGGAAUAAACUAGGAGACUCUGGAGUGAAAAACCUCAGUAAUCUACUGAUGAAACUACAAUUCAAGCUGGAGAAACUACAUCUAUAUGGAUGCAGAAUUACAGAAUUACAGUGUGCCAUCCUGACUUCAGCUCUGAAAUUAAACCCGUCACACCUGAGAGAGCUGGACCUGAGCAGGAAUAUAAUAGGAAACACAGGAGUGAAGCACCUAUGUGACGUACUGAAGGAUUCACACUGUAAACUGGAGAGAUUGAGACUCUCUAACUGCAGUGUAACAGAAGAAGGUUAUAAAGCUCUGGCUUCAGCUCUGAGAUCAAACCCUUCACACCUGAUAGAGCUGGAUCUCACAGGAAAUGAUCCUGGACAAUCAGGAGUGAAGAAGCUCAAUGAUUUACUACAGGAUCCAAACUGUCAACUGAAGACACUGAGAUUUUUGAGUGCUGCUGCAGAUGAAGCCUGUCAGUAUGUGAAGAGAGUUGUGGGUAAAGACCCGUUACUCCUGAGAGAGCUGAAACUGAGUGAACAUGAACUAGGAGACACACGAGUGAAUCAGAUCUCUGCUCUACUGCAGGAUAAACACUGUCAACUCAACACACUGAUUCUGAGUGAAUGCAGUAUUACAGAGAAACAGUGUGUGAUCCUGACUUCAGCUCUGAAAUCAAACCUGUCACACCUGAGAGAGUUGAACCUGAGCUGGAAUAAACUAGAAAACACAGGAGUGAAGCACCUAUGUGACAUACUGAAGGAUUCACUGGAGAGAUUGAGACUCUCUAACUGCAGUGUAACAGAAGAAGGUUAUAAAGCUCUGGCUUCAGCUCUGAGAUCAAACCCUUCACACCUGAUAGAGCUGGAUCUCACAGGAAAUGAUCCUGGACAAUCAGGAGUGAAGGAGCUCAGUGAUUUACUACAGGAUCCAAACAGUCAACUGAAGACACUGAGUCUGUGUGGAUGCAGAAUUACAGAGAAACAGUGUGUCAUCCUGACUUCAGCUCUGAAAUCAAACCCGUCACACCUGAGAGAUCUGGACCUGAGCUGGAAUAAACUAGGAGACUCUGGAGUGAAAAACCUCAGUGAUCUACUGAUAAACCCACAAGUCAAGCUGGAGAAUCUACAUCUGUAUGGAUGCAAUAUUACAGAGAAACAGUGUGUCAUCCUGACUUCAGCUCUGAAAUCAAACCCGUCACACCUGAGAGAGUUGAACCUGAGUGAGAAUAAACUAGGAGACUCUGGAGUGAAAAACCUCAGUGAUCUACUGAUGAACCCACAAUUCAAGCUGGAGAAACUACAUCUACAGGACUGUGGCAUUACAGAUGUUUCUUCUUUAACUCAGUCUUUGACUAACUCAAAAGCACUGCAGUUUUUAAAAGAGCUUGAUCUGAGACACAAUAUGAUAGGAGACUCAAAGCGGCGGCUCAGAUACGUGUUACGAGACUCAAACUGUAAACUGAGAGUAGAUUGUCAAUCACCAUACAUCUCUAAACGAAUUCCAUCACCAAACACCUCUGACGGAUGCUUUAUAUCAUAGUGUGAAAUCAUCAUGAGAGGAGCAGAAAUCAUCAGGUGAUCCACAGAAGAGUCUCACUACUGUGUCUAUGAGGAGAAAUAAAUGUGUGAUUAAUGUGUAAAUGUGUUUCAUACAGAUGGAAGAGACUCAGACUUCACAAUGAAAUAAAGCAGCAUGUGUAUCAGAAACAUGUGAUAUUGAAUGAUUAAUGUUGCUUUAGUAUUCAGACAAAUGAUGGUUCAGUUUUAUUUAAAGGUGAACAGGAGGAAGAAGCUCAGAUGAGUCUGUCAGCAGAAACCUUCAGGCUCUUCAGUAUCAGGCCUACAAAUAUAAUAAUGUUUGGAUUUAACUCAUCCACAAUGAUUAAAAUGUUUCUAAUCAUAAACGUGAUUGUCAAGUAUAGCACAUAAAUGUAUGAAAAGAUAUAAAGUCUACAUGUUACUUCAAACAUUUAUGUGAUCUCUUACAUUUUAUACACAGAAUAUAUUUGUUUAUUUUUGUUAUUCUGUUUUAUUUUAUAUUAACUUAUCUGUGUGUGUGUCUGUUAAUGCACAGAUAUACAGUAUAUUGUCUUUAACAUAUUGUAUAUUGUACAUUUUUAACAGUUAACAGCAUUUGUGUGUUAAAGAAGUUAAGAACA